AUGUCGUCUACUUCAGUCUUCGAUUAUCAACAUUCCAAUUCAUCAUCAGGUCUCAUUGAGUCACCUUCCAUUGUGCCUCCUGUAUUACUGUGUCUUCUUGGGAUUGUUGGCAAUAGUCUCGCCGUCGUCAUAGUGUGUUGCUCAGUAAAAACCCACCAGUGGCGACCAUUUUAUCACUUUGUGUGUGGACUUGCUAUAACUGAUGGUUUCGGAGUGAUGUUUGCGGUUCCUUUUGCUGUCGUUAGAUACGCAACAAAUUUCGAGUAUACUUAUUCUCAAACGGUAUGUGAUUACAUGGCUGUCAUUCAGAUGUUUACAAUAAUUGCUUCUGCAAUGAUCGUAUGCACAAUGUCAAUGGAACGAUUUUUGGCUCUUUUAUUUCCUUAUGAAUUUCAGUCAUUGACAAAAGGUGCUCGAAGCACUGUGAUAUUAUUCUGUAUUUGGGGUGUGUCUGCUUUCCUAUCGUCUGGUCAUCUUAUGGCGGGAAGACCCAGUAAGCGAUUUUAUCCGGAUUCCUGGUGUUUCGUUAACUUUGAAUCCCAGGAUGCAACAGAUCGAGGAUUUGCUUACCUGUAUGUUUUGAUGGGACUUCUUGUACUGCUUACCACCUUUGGUACCAAUGUAAUUCUGAUGGUGGUAAUCCUCAAAAGGAAGGGGACAAAUCACUCUACAAGUGUUGCAAACAAGCAUGGAACUCGUAUUAUUCUAUUCCUAUUCUCGGUUGUGCUGCUGUAUAGCAUAUGUAGUUUGCCAAUACUGAUAAAUAUGCUCGGCCAUCUUACUGGAACUUUCGAAGGUACACCGAGCUUUGAAUUGCUUGGCAUAGAAAUGGCAACAACUAAUUCAAUCAUAGAUCCAUGGAUUUAUAUAAUCUUUCGCAAAGAAUCAUUUAACUUCGUCCAUGAAAUAUAUAAUAAAUGUACAUGCAUCCAAUGUAAUUCCAGAAAAAAUGAACUUCAGAUGCAAACUACCGAAUCUCGAGUGGAACUUGAUAGUUUGACUAUAUCGUCGGUGUAGAAUACGCAAGUUUCGAGAUUAUCAUUCGUUACGGAAAGGAGUUUUGUUUCCGCAUAAACCGGCUGGUAGAACAGUUACUUAUAAUUGAUACUUUACAUCAUCGAUA